CUAACUUCCUUCACUAUUUUUCAAGGACUUGGUCCAAUUAACUUAUAUCACCACUAUAGAACUACCUAGUCGCCGACUUUUAGGUUCAAGAUGAGACGAGUUAAUAAACUUCCUUUGACAAACCAGUGCCAUCACUGGACUCGUCUAGGAGAAGUGCCAUGGGAUCUGCAGAAGUAUUGGCAACAGAGAUACACAAUAUUCCCUUGCUACAAUGAGGGUAUUUAUAUGACCCAAGAUGCUUGGUUUGGUGUAACCCCUGAACCAAUUGCAAACCAAAUCGCACAAGACCUCAACUCCAUCAUUAGUCCAUCAAAGACCACAAUAAUUGACCUAUUUGCCGGUGUAGGGGCAAAUGCUAUUGCCCUUGCCAAUGCUACCACUAAUCAUGGCUUGGAAGAUCGGUGGGAUAAAGUGAUCGCCGUCGAGUUGGAUGCAGCCACUCUUGCCUGUGCGCAACACAAUGCAUCUUUACAUGGCGUAACUGACGACAUAAUAUGGGUCCUUGGUGACAGCUUCAAAUUUCUAGAUGCUCUUCUAAACUCGCCAGACAAACUUGAGGAUGACUUACGAGUCGAUGUUGCGUCUACUGUUCUCUUCGCGUCGCCCCCGUGGGGUGGUCCGGGCUACAGCACCGAUGAAAUCUUCGAUCUAAAUACCAUGGAACCCUAUAACCUCGCAAAGUUAUACGGAUCCUAUAAGACCAUGGACCACGCCCUUUAUCUGCCACGCACGAGUGAUCUUAGGCAAAUUGCCAAGCUAGGCCCCGAAAGACCCAAAAUCGAAGUUGUUCAAUAUUGUGUUGAAGGCGCAAGUAAAGCCAUGGUUGCUUACAUACCAGCUGUCCAGGAUGAAGAUACUCAUGGAAACAUAACAUUCGGACCCGAAUCGACUACCUAAGUUGCGAGUUACACAUAUCAUGCCCCAUAAUCCGGU